ACCUAGUUAACAACGGCAUCGAUGGAGAUGGUGUUGAGGCGGCAACGACGGCCUGGUGAUGGUGGUGACGCGAUGGAGAAGUCUGGAGGUAGAUCUGGUCUGGCCGACUGAGAGUCGAUGGAGCUUAGGUAGAUCUGGCGAUGGAAGAGCGGAGCUGAGGCGCGACGAUGCGAAGCGAGCUGGUGACCUGUGCGGCAAGGUUGAGGCGAGGCGGGGUGGGGCGCGGUGCCGCGGUGAACUGUGCGGCGAGGCGAGGCAUCGAGAUAGGCGCAAAGAAGAAAGUUAUUGGGAUAGACGGAUUGUACGGGGGGCUGCGACGGGCUGAGGAGGGCUGCAGAAGCCAUUGUAUUUGGACAGUGGAGGCCUGAUGAUGGCAACAGAAAUGUGGGUGUCAUGGGGAGGAAUGGAGCUGUACCAACAAGUCAUAGUUUUGGAAAUUAUUAAAAGAGGUUUGUAUUUGGAAUCCCAAAGCCAAUUAGUCAUACCAGGGUCAUUAUUUUCAAAAAAUUAUAGUGAAUUAUCUUCAAACUUUCCUUUUUCGUCCGUCCCAAAAUUAUCUUCUCCUUCUUUUUUGUCAAAGAAUUUGUGGUUCACACUCAUUCUUACACAUUCUUACACAUUUCUCUCUCCUCUGCACAACUCUCCACCACACAAAAUUCACUAUCUUAAUUACUGUGCCCAGCCAAAAUGGGAGAAAAAACAGGGAUUCGAGGGAGUAAUGCUUGAAGGGAGAUGAUUUUUUGGAGCCCGCUAUUGACAUCGGUCUUCAACUUUAUUUCUCUCUCCUCUUUUAUUGCAUUUUUAGCCUCCUCCUUCCAUUUUUAGGCCUCCACCAGUGUUCCCAAACAAGAAUGCUCCAAAUUAGGAGCCCAAAUAUUCAUUUUAAACACUUCGGACUCCUAAUUUCUCCACCACUAAAGUGGUCUACAGGGUAGCUCUCCCGUACAUUCUCUUUGAAGAAUGUUUUGGUGCAUUCGAUAUGUGGCCGGAUAUCAUUGGUAGAGCAUUCCACAUAAGCAACUUCAUUUAAAAUUUUAAAAAUUUACAUAGUUAAUCCUGAAUAAUUCUUGUACGUCAUUUUUACCCCAGUAUUAGUUUUUUUCCUUCAAAAAUUCAUUCGUCUUCUUCUGUAAAUUGAUUAGAAUCCGAUCGAGAAUUCCCAUCUGGCCAGAUUAGAACCCUAUCGAGAAUCCAUUUGCUAAAGUCGUGUAUAGAAUAUCUUUCUUUUGACAUAAUUGUAUAAAACGGAACUCAGCCUAGGUUGAAGGAAGUAGAAUUCAAUCAUCUCCUUCAUCACUAUAACCUUUAUCUGCACAGUCAUUUCAUUCCGCUGAACUUAACCAGAACGAGCGAGGAGCCCGCAACCUCCGGGUUGAGACAUCGGCGAACCGAAAUUAAAGAUAUUUUAUGACGAAACUGCAUAAUAUAUGGCAGCAAGGAAUGCUUUGAGGUUUGUUUGUCGUAGGUUUUACGGUAAUGGAAAAGUUAUUGGGAGGGAAGAACAAGCUGCAGAAAGUAUGUAUAUCAAGAAAAUGGAUCAAGAGAAACUGCAGAAGCUAACCCAGCCCGAAAGGGUCCCAUGGCAAAAGAACCGACAAUUGUUGGCUCAAGGGGUUCAAUGACAAUUACCGAAACUAUGGGGUUUUGGCUGGAAUGGUGCUGGUGCAGAACUGAAGUAUUACAUCUUCCUUUAAUAGGAAGCAAAACAACCAUGGUUCUCAUCUAUGUUCUUUAAUUGUUCACUAAACUAUUUGCGCUUUUUUGUUAUGGAGCAACAGUCAGUCCAUGCAAUUUUGGACGCGGUUUUCACUAUGGGUCAUCCGGAAACAGUCUCUCUGUGCUUUAGUACAGGGAUAAGACUGCGUACAUCCGACCUCCCUUACCCCACCGUAGGUGGGAGCCUUUGCGGCACUGGGGUAAAUGAAAAUGAAAUGAAAUGAAUGAAUUUGAACUAUAUAAACUAAUGAUGAUGUUUUUCCAUGGCAAGAAAGAGAGUAAGAUUAAACCUUUUUAUUAUGAGGUUCUGUGAAAGUGUGAAACCCCAAUGAGGUGUUAUCUUGCCGUAGCUAACUUAUGGGUAUUGUCCACAAGAACGUUAAUACGUAGUACUUGAUUUGUGUGUGAUUUUUGUUUAUUUUAUAUCAUUUGAUCUCAUCCUUAGAUUUCUAGCUUUAUGUUAAAACUUCUUGUUUAAGUAAUCUCUACUUGAAAUAUUCAACCGACAGGUUUACAACCCGUACAAGGCUCCAUUUUACCCUCUCUGCACUAAUGUUGAAAUGUGUAAAGAGUUUACUAGUGUUAUGGGGUCAUAUGCUUUUAAAAUCCGCCUCUUUGUUUCUUUAGUGAUCAUUGCUUGAGGAGUUGCCGAAUGUGUGAUUGUUGGGAAUUGAAUUCUGCUGCAAAGAAGAAAUAGAUAGUAUUUCGUAAAUGAUUACGCCCAUGCACUUCUUCUAUGAAGGGGUUCCCAUUUGGCCACUUGCCAGUGUGUUCACAUGCAAAAGAAGUCAUACAUAUGUUCAACCAUGUGCGUUCAUUGUUAUGUAUUAUUUAUCAAGUCUUACACAGGUCUAUCUAAAUGAAACUUUGGCAUGCAACCUUGAAUUCUGCUUUGAAGAUGAAACUGUGCUAUCUAAAUGAAACUUUGGCAUGCAUCCUUGUAACAGGGGCAUAUACAAUUGAUGAUUUUUGGCUCGUGGUGCAGUUAUGACUAUACCCUUGCAAUGAGUUUUUUGUCAUUCAAUGUUGAUCUCCUUGCGAUGAGUUUUUUGGACUUAGAAACUGUUUUAGAUUAUACAUAUUGAUAUCUUGUAUUAAAAGAUCAAGAUCUCAUGUGUUCACAUAUAUUGUUGAUGGGUUCAUCUAACUGUUGAUAAGUUUUUGUUUAGUUUAGCAUUCUGUAGUAAAUAAAUGUGUUUGUAGUUGCAAUUCAUUUGAAGAGGAAUUGAAGUAAAUUUAUGGAUACACUCAUGUAUAACUUUUACAUCAAGACAUAUAACAAUCUAAC